UAUAGCAAAUUUCAAAGAACUUUUAUAUAAAUUUGUAAUUAUGUACCUAAAUAAAGAAUUGUGCAUGGCAUCACCAAAAUCUGCAUGACAUACAGCUGUAGCCGUCAAACAGUCACUGCCGCCAAAAACUACAACAACUUUAGAAUAGUUUCAUUUCUACAACAUGGAUUUUAACUCAUUGCUGCAACAAGCACAACGCUUGACCAACGAAACACAGAAUUCUGAGGAGCUGCCGCGCGUUGAACGUACGAUUUCGCAAGUUUUGCAAGCGACGCAGGAAUUGCACACACGUGUUACACAAACCGGCGCACAGGACAUACAAGCGCAUAUUUUACUCGGCUCUAAGGGUAUUGAUCUACCGAAAAUAUCGCAGAAAUUAGAAGCAUUAAAUGCGCGAAAAACCUUUGAGCCACUUGAUCCCAUUGCGGACACCGAUGUGCGUAGUUUUUUGAAAAACGAAAAGGAGAAUGCUAUAUUGUCUAUGAUUGAGGAAGUGAAUAGAAGUACAUUCGAGGCGGCGGAAAAACGACGUUGGGAGUGUGUGCGCAAUGAGUGGCAACAAGAGAAAGUGAAAUUGCUGAAUUCUUUAAUUGGACCAUCGCAGAAUUGGAUAGACAUACAAAAACUGCCAGAGCAAACAGUACUCAAUGAGACCUUUGGCACACGUUCAUGCCUCAAUCGAAUUGAAAUGGCAUAUGCACGUGAAGUGUACGAAUAUAGCACUGCCAUCAUGAAGGGUGGCUAUCGUCCAAAUCUCGUGCAGAAAUUUGCCAAGGUUGCGCAAAGUUUUGAGGAUCAAAAAGUCACUGAAAUUUGGGAAAUUAUGAAAUAUAUGGUCAAUAUAGCACCAGUUUCGCGUAAUCGUGACCCCAUACAAAAUCGCACGCAAAUAACACAAUUCAUUGAUCAAGCUAAAAAAUAUUUGGAAAAUCGUUAUAAAUUAUACAUGUCAACAAUCAUCAGCAGUAAUUUGCGUGAAGCACAACGUGGUGGUGUGCCAAGCACCUUUAAUUUAGUUUCCUCCUUUGUGGGCUUGACUUUCAACCAGUCGAACUGUUUUGGUUUACAAGAUGCAAGUAUUGAUAAUAAACCACUCUGGCCAAUGGUUUACUACUGUCUGCGUUGCGGUGAUGUGCAGUCGGCGCUGCGUUGCAUGCAAAUGGGCGGUGCCGGUCAUGAGGACUUCAUACAGGUGCUUGAAGACAAAAUAAACAAGCCAGAGCAAAAGAUCAAUUCCAAAUUGGAGGGACAACUCAAAUUGCACUAUUGCAAUAAAAUUAAGAACUCAACGGACCCGUACAAGAAAGCGGUUUACUGCAUCAUCGCCGGCUGCGACAUAAACGAACAACACUUGGAAGUUGCCAAGACCACUGAUGAUUUCCUAUGGAUACAACUCUCCCUACUGCGCCCCGAAUCGCAUGACAAUACCGAAGUGCUGACGUACUCUGGUCUGCAAACGAUGAUACUCGAAAAAUAUGGUGAGAAGCAUUUCAAUGCCAGUGAACAGCGUCAUCUGUACUUCCAAGUGCUGGCGCUAACCGGUCAAUUUGAGGCAGCCAUUGAAUUUUUAGCGCGUACCGAACAAUAUCGUGCGCAUGCAGUGCAUAUUGCACUCGCCUUGAACGAGUUGUUCCUCAUCGGUGGGCCGCGUAAUGUGCAAGAGCCGUUAUUGUCUGUUGACAUUGAGGAUCCAAUGCCAAUGCGUCGCUUGAAUAUUGCACGCUUGGUGAUGUUGUAUGUGAAGAAGUUUGAAAUUACCGAUCCCGCCGAAGCUCUGCAGUACUACUUUUUCCUGCGUAAUCUUAAAGAUCCCGAAGGCCGUAAUUUGUUUUUGGUUUGCGUCAGUGAUUUGGCUAUUGAAUGUCGUAAUUAUGAUUUGAUAUUUGGUAAAAUGCAACCGAAUGGCAUUAUGUCUGGCGGUCUGUUUGAACAAUUCGACUGCGUUGAAUUUGAUACACGCACAGCUGCUGGCAUGGCCGCUGAGGAGUUGGUGAAUAAGGGCAUGUUCGAGGACGCAAUCAAAUUGUUCGAUAUUGCUAGCAUGCAAAAUCAAUCUUUGCGCUACUUGGCCAUACUGCUUUCGCAAGUCGUGCAUCAAAGCUCCAAAAAGGAUUCGUUGCGUGAACGUUUGACCAUUAUGGCGGCUGAUUUCCGUGAACGCAUGCGCGGCAAUCGCAUUGACUGCGAUCCACAAGUUAUUUCCACCUUCAAUUUGCUCUGUGAGCUGGUUUCCUUCUUCGAUUAUUAUCACGAGCAGAAAUAUCAAUUGGCUUUGGAAGUGCUCGCCAACACCAAAUUGGUGCCAUUGUCAAUGAGCGACCUGGAGGAAUGCAUAAAUAAUUUCAAGCGUUUGGGCGGUGAGAUUUGCAAAGUGUAUCCGGAUAUAUUAUUGGCCGCAAUGGAUAUACUAUAUGCGCAGUAUAAAAGUGUUAAAGGACGUGAUACGGGCAUUGUGGAUACGGGACGUGAUCGCCAACUACAACACUUGCGUGAAAAAGCGAAGGCUAUCACAAAUAUGGCGGCCACAGUACCUUAUCGCAUGCCAGGUGACACAAAUAAACGUCUGGUACAAACGGAAAUAUUAAUGCACUGAAUUUAUGUAUUUAGUAUGUUUUUAGAUUAUUUAAGCAUUAAAAAUAAAAAAAGAAAAAAUAUUUUUCACUCAAUAAAAGUUAAAAACUGCAUAGGUUUUAAUUU